AAUUCCCUCCAGGAUCCACAAUGUCUGCUUCUACAAGAGAAUGGAUCCUUUCCAGUCCUCUGGAAUAAUCCUACAGUCUAUUGGACCGUGAAAAAAAUAAUAGUACAGUAGUAAGAGAUCUAAACGAUUACUAUAAUAAAGUCACGCCCAGUUACAAUGAGACUCGGUACUCGAAGAUUGCCAGAAUCAGAAUGGCAGCUCGCUACGAGCCUAGCGUUGAAACAAAGCCAGCUCCAGGAGGGCGCAAAACCUCAGUUACCUUUCAACCAAAAGUCUCAGUCUAUUCCACUGCGUCGGGUAUCAUUCAGCCAGAGUACUGGUACCAUUUCCCGCGGGAUCCCACAAUAGAUGAAGGGGAUGAAGGAGCCAAAACAGAGACAAGCAACUGGUGGCUGUGGAUGAUGAAGAACAAUAAAGCUAGGCAGUCUUUUCGUAUCCUCUCCUUUGCCAAUUUGAUCGUCCUCCUCCUCUCAAUCCCUUUCUUUGAAGAUUCUGAUAAAGCAAAACUCCAGAUACAGUACAGCAUAAUCACUGUACUGGAUGCUAUACUGGCUCUACUCUUUACGUUUCAGUUCUCACUGAGAACUUGUUACUUAGUCUCUCAACCAUGGGAAGAGAAGAUUCAGUGUUAUGAUUGCGUGAGGUUCUUGAGUCUCUCUGGCGUCUUCAUUUCUAUCUGGUACUCUGUUGGAAUUGGAGUGUAUCGCUCAAUUGAGGUAGAGAUAAGUUGGUUAUGGUAUAUUGGAUUCCUACCACGUGCUAUUCUUUCUGUCACUUCGGCAGCAAAGCUAUUCAUUCCAUUAAAGAUUGAGUCGUCGGUUCUACAGAAAGUGUCAACCAUAAUAAAGUGGAAGCAGCUUUGUAAAGUGACCAUUUUUUAUUUCAUUUUUGUUUAUAUUUUUGCGCUAUUCGGUGUACACUUAAUUGGAGGAUUGGACCAUAUCUGUGUAUACAAUGGUACUGUUCCAGCCAUCCCUAUAACCCAUUGUGAUCCAGAUACUUCAGUUUAUUGUCCAAAAGCUGAGUUCAAUGAGAGCUAUCCGAUAUCAUGUGGUAGCGUCUCUACUGUUGGAAUAAAAAGAAGUGAUAGCGUGUCUCUUAAUUAUCGGACUUAUGUUAAUUAUGGACAAUUUAGAACCAUCUUGGAUGGCCUGUAUGCUGUGUAUGAGGCAUCCACAUUGGAGUUGUGGAGUUUCAUGAUGAUAUCCGCUGCGGAUGGUCACUCCGGUAAAACUGGCAGUGUCUUUGCUAUUGCAAUCUUUUACAUGGUUCUAAUAUUGUUCAUUGUCAUAUUGCUUCAACAAAGUAUAUUUCUGGUUGUUAUCAUUGAGUCUUUUGCUGACCUCAGAAGCCAUUCAAGAGUUAAAGCACCACAGCUUAACCAGAAGCAGCAACCAACAAAACCAUCAACAGUCCUCUCACUUGACAAUGGGACACUUCGUCUUGUGUCAAUGGAGAAGAACAGUCCAAAGGAGUUCACUAACAAGUAUAAGGGCAAACUGCUCAAGAUGGAGAAAGUGUUCCUUGUGCUGGUACUGCUUGAUGCCAUCAUUACUAGCUUAAAAAUGGCCGGUUUUCAUGAAAACAAUAAAGAAAUAUGGAGAAUUUUCCUACAAACUUGGCAGGCUUCUGUUAGUUCAGCAUUUCUGGUGGAAGUGAUUAUAUUGCUUUUGUUCCAUCUCUACCACGGGCAGCUGAAGCUGUUUUUCAAGCAUCCUUAUUACAUCUGUUUGAUGGUCCUAGCUGUUGGUGGCAUCAUUGCUGCCAUUCCUUCGAGACACUUUUAUAAUCCACUCUAUCCAGCCAACGGAUUUGUUGUUUUUCAAGCCCUUCGUCUCCCUCGCUUGAUUCGGAUGUCACGCUACCUUGGAGAGUUUUUCCACAAGUUAAUGAGCAAUGCUCGUAUACCAAUACUAAUAGCUAUCACUCUGGCUAUUAUUGUCUUCCUCUCAAUCGUUAAUGCUCAGAUAUUCACUUACAAGAAGUACAGUGAUGAAUGCUCUAAUGCUGAAGAGCAUUACAGCAACUUUUUGUCGGCUUUUAAAUCAACAUUCCAGCUAGUAAUGAAUGAAGCAUGGACUGACAUUACCAGUGAACUGAUGUGUCUAAGUGGAUACGAGUGGCUCUUUACUAAUUUAUAUUUCAUUGUAAUUCACCUUUUUUCGUCCCUGAUUUUCUUGAAUGUUUUCGGUGCCGUCAUUCUUGAUAAUCUCGAAUACGAUGAAGAAGAGAAGCAAAGAAAACUCGAGAGUAUCAAACGUAAGAAAGCAAGUGCUGAGACUGUUCCUAUUCAUUUGAGAAUAUUCAAAAUAUUAAAAAAUCAUCCUAAAAUGCUUCGUCCGCCUGGUAAAGGGUUGGCUGAUCCUAAUUUAGAAGAAGUUGAGGUUCGGAGGUUUUUUGAGUCAGCAGAUAAUUCUUCAGCAUCUCUUUCAUUAACUGAUGCUACUCGUCAAGAUGAACCGACAGCAAAACCUAAUCAGAAAUCAUCUUCAAAUGCAGGAUCUCUAAGAAGUCUCUCAUUAGUGACUAAUGUUGAAGAAGAAUUUAACAUGUUUAAUCCAAAUUAUGAAAGGAAAUAUCAAACAGUUGCUUCACUAUUAAAAUAUGUGAAGCAAUGGCGUCAUAAAGCUGAGGAGAAGGAUACCACUAAUACUCGCUCUUCACAGCUGCCUUACCUGUUUGGUGAUUCAACAAGAAAUCAAGGAGACAAAACAAGGAAUAGAAGCGAAUUUGAUGAGUACCGUGAAAAACACCGCUGCUUUGAUCUGGCCCUUUUCUGUUUGCCUCCAGAGAAUAAAUUAAGAAAGUUUUGCACGUUUUUGCUGACAGCCCAGAUAGAAACUCCCAAGUAUGAACUGAUUGAGGGGAAGCUCUGGGUGUUAUUUAAGGCUAGAGCUAUUUUCUUAAUAAAGUGGAUCCUUAGUCAGAUGCCCUUCUCUACUUGGAUAAUGUUCCUUACUCUUUGGUUUAUGAUAAUUAUUCAGUUUUAUGAACUCACUGCUCUUAUUUUUACUCCAAAGAACGUACACCAUUACAUCAUUGCCACUGAAGUCUUUUAUGUCAUUGUCAUGCUCUCUUGGCUCCUAAUCAGAGUACUAUCAAAAGGUUUCUUUCUGAAUCCACAUGCUGCCAUUAGCAGUAUCUUUGAUGUAAUGGACUGGAUAUUACUGAUAGACAGUAUUGUAGUGUUGGUUUUGGUUCCUAUAUGGGGAGCUGAUAUGAAGCGUUCAAGAGGCAUAGUAGUCUUUGACAGUUUCUCGUUUAAAGAUCACGUGUGGAUCAUUGUAUUGAUGGGUGUCAGGGCUUUGAGGCCACUUCAUGUUAUAUCUCUCUUUCGCUCGUUACGCUCUGUCAUUGGAGAGAUACUGGAGGGAUGGAGGAACUUACUGACUGCUGUUAUAAUAAUGGUCGCAUUCAUGUUCAUGUUUGCUAGUUUGGGAGUUCAGCUGUUUGCUGGGACUAACGAAAAUCCGUUAGCAUUUUGUAAUGAUCCUUCCAUAAAGAACAUGAAUGAGUGUGUUGGGGAGUUUAAUAUAUCAGUCAGAGUAUCAAAAGAGUUCCUUUACUUGCAAAAUGUUACCAAAGAAUAUUUCAUGCUUGUACCUAGAGUUUGGUUUCCAUAUGCUCGUGAUUUUCCAUUCAAUAACGUGUUAUUUGCAUUCAUUACAUUAUUUGAACUUCUCACAUUGGAGGGAUGGAUUGAAGUGAGGGAUAUGUUCCGUGAUCACAGAUCACAAUUGUACAUGAGUUUCUACAUACACAUUUAUGUUUUCCUGGCAGUUAAUUUGGGCCUUCAGUUGUUCCUUGGUAUCGUUGUCAAUAAUUUUAACGAGCAUAAGCCAGGCCAUCGGUUUCUACUCUCUGUUGACCAGAACAGGUGGGUUGAACUAAUGCAACGUAUUUCGUUACAGAGACCUUAUAAACUUCCUCAAGAGCCAAGACACAAUGUCUUUCGAUUGAAGUUGUAUAACAUAGUGACUCAUAAUCAGUACAGGAUAAUACCAACUAUUUUUACUGUCCUUUCUACAUUAACUUUGAUAGUUCCUUGGAGUCUUGAGCCAACAAAGAUAAUAAGUUUUCUUAUUGUUUUGAAUGUCAUCUUUAACUCUUAUGUUGUUAUUGAGGUUAUAAUGAAGUUUCUAGCAUUUGGCCCAUUGUAUUUUCACAGUCGGAGGAACUUCUUUGACUUGUUUUUGGCUAUUUCAAUUGUACUGUAUACCAUUUUUGUAUGCAUUUUCUUCAACACUCAACGAGCAUCACUAUCUUAUGUUGCAUUAACUAUUAGUAUAUUAAAGUGUUUGAAAGCUAUGUUGCAAUAUAGUGCUUUGCUGAAUCUCCUCAUUACAGUCAGUACUACAGUGAUGCGUACUAUUCCAUUGCUCCUCGUAUUGAUGAUUAUAAUACUCUGUUAUUCUUUUCUUGGUGUGGUGCUAUUCAGUGAUGUGAAGAAAGGGGAAGGAGUAUCUUAUAGUAUGGUUAAUUUUGCUGGAGCUCUUCAGGCAUUUGGUUCAAUGUGGAGAUGUCUAACCGGCGAAGAUUGGUACCAGCUCAUGUGGGAUGUUGCUUUGAGGGAUCCUUUUGGCUCAAACAAUGAUGAAAAUAUACAUGUAGUUUUCUCAAUAAUCAUUUCUGUUCUGUACUUUGGAUCAUUUAUUGUCGUAGUACCUUUCAUAUUACUCAAUGUUUUUAUUGCUGUAUUGCUUGAGAAUUUCUCUAUAUUCUACAAUGAUGAUGAUACUAACCUAAGCCUCUCUGUCAUAAAAGACUUCAAGAGGAAAUGGAGAUACUUUGAUACUCAAGCGAAAUCUCACAUUAAAAUCAGUAGAAUAAAGCUUUUGCUGAGGACGCUAGAGCUUCAAGAGUUUUAUAGCUUUAACCUUGGAGACCCAAGCCAGAUAAUUGGAAGGUUCCCACAUAUUUUGACGGAGGAUCCAUUGUUGCUGUGGGAAAUGGAAGAGGAGUUGCGCCGUGAAGUGUCUCAGUCUGUCAAAAAGAGCACACCUAAUUAUACUCAGGAGUCUGAAACUGAUGGCAUUGUAUCCUUUCAGGAUGUCCUGAGGAUGUUGGCUUAUCGCUGUGAGGAUAUACACAUGCGACUCGAAUCACACGAACUCCAUACAAGACAAGAGCUGGAAACCACCAUACAAAUUGAUGUUGCAGAGAUGUGCAUACUAAAGUGGUUGAAGAAACAUGUCAAACCAAUCGUGGAUUGGAACAGAACUCAAUUUUCAGCUGAGACAUCUACAGUUAGGCAAUCAACUCAACACAAUGAUAAGCAAUAUCAACUAUUUGCUAUUCAUAACAUGCAUUCACAGUUUCUCAGAGAAGGUCUGCAGCCUUUGCAGAUAGACCCCGAGGAUGAUGAGAAACAGACUAGACAAUCCUAUUUUCCUACACUGGAUGAAAUUAGCUGUGAAGAAAAUGAGGAGGAAAAUAAAGAAAGCGAUGAGGAUGAGGACGAUGAGGAUGACGUACUAGCUCGUACUUAUGCUAGAAUGAUGCAGCACAGGAAUCCAGAGCUAGAGGAAAGUAGAAAGACUACCACCCAAUGGCUACAAAUGCAAUAUCAAUGGGUGGAUAAUGUUGGAAGAAAUCCUAAUUAUUUUGAUGACUGUCUCUAAGGUUAUAUAACAUAUAUACUAGUCUAGAUACAGUACUUAUUUUUUGUCAACUUUAUAGCAGUGUUGUUUGUCGUUCAUAUUAAAGUAACUCUAUUUUUGUACAGAUUACUCUUGCUAAAUGUACAUGUAUCAUGUUGUAGAGGAGGGAAAAGAGUACACAUUUGUUGUAGCC